UGCCAAUCCUCUUCGUUCGUUUCGCGGCUGCCUCAUUUUAGCGGUUGCCUUUAUCUAUUUGAUAUAUUACGCGGCUUCAAUAACGACUUUCUUCUUGUCUCAACCAGCCCCCAUCCGGGCAUCCCACAAUACACUUUGAAACGCCGUUGCCCAACACGUCUCCGCCGGAAAUGCAACUGUCCCCCGUCGCGAUGCCCACGAUCCACGUUUAGUCGAAUCCAGCUAGUCAUUUGUCUCUAAUCCCAAGAACCACCCGAUUAUCCUUUUUCCUACUCUUCCAUGAUGGCGACAUUAGCCGGGUCUCCGCCGUCGUCCCCUUCGUUGCCCAAACGUCGUCCUAAAGCCUGGGCACUCCGGUGUGAAAGGUAUUGCUGUGCGGCGCUGUCGUCAUUUCCGUUGGCGUUUGUGUAUAGUUUGACGACGUGGGCGGUUUAUGUUGAGUCUAGUAUUGGGUUCAGGCCGUCGUCGAAUAAGUGGAUUGGCAUGCCAACUUCGCUUCUCGGAAUCCUCCUCUAUAUCUGCCUUAACGCGUCGUAUUCAGUUGCCGUAUUCACAAACCCCGGAACGACCCUGACGAGCAAUUCACGCGGACAACAUGAAUACAGUGCCUUACCUGUUACCGAGCUCCCCGAGUAUACGGCGUACACGGUUAGCUCGACGGGCUCAUCGCGAUUCUGCAAGAAAUGCCAGACCCCGAAGCCGGAUCGCGCGCAUCAUUGUUCCACCUGUAAGCGAUGCGUUUUGAAGAUGGACCACCAUUGUCCGUGGUUAGCAACUUGUGUUGGGUUGCAUAAUUACAAGGCAUUUUUGCUGUUUUUGAUUUAUACGUCGUUGUUUUGUUGGGUGGAUUUUGCAGUUGCGGUGGCGUGGACUUGGUCGGAGGUGUUUGGGGAUACACAGGAUAUGGAGGCGAUUUUGCCGGUGAACGUGAUCUUGCUGGCAAUUCUGGGUGGUGUGAUUGGGCUUGUUUUGACGGGGUUUACGGGGUGGCAUAUUAGUUUAGCGGUUCGGGGUAUGACGACUAUUGAGUGUCUGGAGAAGACGCGGUAUGUGUCUCCUCUGCGCAAGGCAUUGGAUCGCCACCGAUACGAGCAUGUACUGGGUGCUAGUCCGAACCAUCAUAGCCAUGAGUCCGGGCUUGGUCCUGAGGGUCUCGGUCAUCGUUUACAGGAUUAUGGGCACCAGAUUCUCGAUGCACACGCGAAUGCGAUUCCAGGCGUCACCCGACCUGAGGAAGGAGAGGAGCAAACGCCAGACCCGUCGAUUUAUUCCGGCUCUACUGGGGUCCCAAUGGAUAAUCUCUCACCUGCACAGCAAGCACUAACCCGUUCUUACGCCGACAUCGAACGACAGCGCGAAAACGAUCGCUACCAGGAAUAUUUGAACGAAGAGGACAGUCAGAAAGUGCCAAGGGCAUUCGACCUAGGCUGGCGGCGAAACCUUCUCCAUCUCUUCGGCGACCGGCCACUCCUCUGGGCCCUGCCAGUGUGCAACACCACCGGCGAUGGCUGGCACUGGGAACCAAGCCCUAGAUUCCUCGAAGCCCGCGACAGCAUCCGCCAGCAACGCGAACAAGACCAGGUUGAGCAACAAAAAUACCAACGCGAUCUGUAUCUGCGGAACAUGAACAAUAGCCAAAGCUGGCUGGGUGGAAGUGGAAUAAUGCCAGAAGAGCCUGAACGGCCUGCUACGGGGGUAUCGAUGAAGACGCUGGCUCCUCUGUCGCCGCGCCCUAGACCGGGAGAUAGCGAUUAUGAUGAUGACAUUGAAGAGGAGGAUCAUCAUCUGCUGAAUCGGGAUAGCAAUAAUGUGCCUGGUGGAGGUGCACGGUAUCCGGGGCGGCUGCCGAAGAGUACGCCGAAACGUUAUCGGCAGAGUAAUAGUGCGUCUGAUGAAUGGCGAGAUUGGGAAUGAUGCAUUUAUUUAUUUUCGUUCUGUAUGUUUUGAUACCUAGUUAUGCAUAGCAUGGAGUAUUGUUGACUGUACUUUUGUCUCACUUCCGAAAACGUCAUCCGCAACUGCGACUUGGCCUUAUCUACUCCGACACCACUUCAAUUCUGCUUCAACUUCCCAGCAACCACCACUCUUUCACUCGAUAUACAGUUAUUUUUCUUAGGGAAAAAAAAAAAAAAAAA